AUGACGGGUGGCAAGUCGGAGAUGAUCGUCACGGCCGGCCCAUCCUUGUCCACCUCCAUCCUGCCGCAGAUGGAUGAGAGAGAGUGGGCACUCCGGCACUUCAUGAAGGCAUCUCUCGUAGCUCUCAUCCCCGGUGCAGCGCAGGGCGCAGCCACCGUUCUGCUCGGCCACCCCCUUGAUACCGCGAAGGUCCGCAUGCAGGCGGCCGGACCUCACACGUCCCGGUCUACCAUAGGCACGAUGUGGUCGAUGGCCACGGCAGAGGGUCCACGCAGUCUUUACCGUGGGGCAGUCCCUCCCCUGGUGAUGGAAGGCGCCAAGCGUAGCCUGCAGUUUGCCUUGUGGGACUGGAUGCGUGCCUUCGCCAGGGACGCGCCGAAGAGCCGCAGCGACGCCAACGGAGCUGCUAGCGGUGGCGCUGGUAGCGCCUGGGAUGCUGCGCGCCACGUGGUGCAUCGCGGCAUGGUGGGGAUCGGAGGCAGCACCUUUGUCAGCGGCGCCGUAGCGGGCGGUGUUGGAACGCUGAUUGGGUGCCCCAUGCAUGUUAUUAAGAUACAGACGCAGUGCCAGACCUCUCUAAGCACGCAGAACGCCUGGACGUGUAUGCGUAGCAUCUAUGACCGGGAGGGCUUCCUCGGCUUCUACCGGGGCUUUCGGUACAACGUAGUGAAGGACGUCUGCUUCGCCAGCAUGUACCUCGGCCUCUACGCAAUCCUGCGCGAUCACCCCUUCUUGGAGUCGCCUACCCUCAACACUGCUGCGGCAACGGCGACGACGGACCCUUCGCGAAGGACGAAACUGGGUGCCUUUCUCUCCGGCGCUGUCGCCUCCAUGGCUACGUGGGCGCUCCUUUUCCCGUUAGACACAAUCAAGACACUGGUGCAGGCGCGACAGGCACACGCUGUCGUUGCGAUGCUGCACCAGCCCGCUCUACUCUACAGGGGCUUGACCGCCUCGCUGAUGAAGGCAGGCCCCGUGUCGGGGGUGGCGAUGGCCGUCUACGAGCAGACGUGGGUCUUGACGAACCGGCGACCGGCAUCGUGCUAG